AUGGGGGAACACUCCUGGAAGCACGAUCUGGAGGUCGCAGUCAAGUGCAUUAACAAGAAGAAUCUGGCCAAGUCCCAGACACUGCUGGGGAAGGAAAUAAAAAUACUCAAGGAACUGAAGCACGAGAACAUUGUGGCCUUGUAUGACUUCCAGCACCCACCUGUGCUCUCUCCCCCAGCUGGCCUAGGAAGAUCCGGUGGGAGGCAGGCCACUGCCGGGGCUUCCUGUCUCUUCCUUGGGCUGGGGCAGGAGAUGGCCAAUUCCGUCUACCUGGUCAUGGAGUACUGUAAUGGUGGGGACCUGGCUGACUACCUGCACACCAUGCGGACCCUGAGUGAAGACACCAUCAGGCUCUUCCUGCAGCAGAUUGCAGGUGCCAUGCGGCUGCUGCACAGCAAGGGCAUCAUCCACCGUGACCUCAAGCCCCAGAACAUCCUGCUGUCCAACCCUGGGGGGCGCCGUGCGAACCCCAAUCACAUCCGCGUCAAGAUCGCUGACUUUGGGUUCGCCCGGUACCUCCAAAGCAACAUGAUGGCAGCCACGCUCUGCGGCUCUCCCAUGUACAUGGCCCCUGAAGUCAUCAUGUCCCAGCACUAUGAUGGGAAGGCAGACCUGUGGAGCAUCGGCACCAUCGUAUACCAGUGCCUGACGGGCAAGGCUCCGUUCCAGGCCAGCAGCCCUCAGGACCUGCGCCUGUUCUACGAGAAGAACAAGACUCUUGUGCCCGUCAUCCCCCGGGAGACAUCGGCACCCCUGCGACAGCUGCUCCUGGCUCUGCUGCAGCGCAACCACAAAGACCGCAUGGACUUCGAGGAAUUUUUUCGUCACCCUUUCUUGGACGCCAGUGCCUCCAUUAAGAAGUCCCCACCGGUGCCUGUGCCCUCGUACCCGAGCUCAGGGUCUGGCAGCAGCUCCAGUAGUAGCUCCACUUCUCAUCUUGCCUCCCCUCCGUCCCUAGGGGAGAUGCCUCACAUGCAGAAGACUCUCACCUCCCCAGCGGACACGGCUGGCUUCCUGCACGGCUCCCGGGACUCUGCUGGCAGCAGCAAGGACUCCUGUGACACAGAUGACUUCGUCAUGGUCCCAGCCCAGUUUCCAGGGGACCUGGUAGCUGAGGUGGCCUGUGCCAAGCCCCCGCCGGACAGUCUGCUGUGUAGCGGGAGCUCCCUGGUGGCCUCUGCCGGCCUGGAGAGCCACGGCCGGACCCCAUCUCCCUCUCCCUCUCCCACCUGCAGCAGCUCCCCCAGCCCCUCUGGCCGGGCUGGCCCGUUCUCUAGCAGUCGGUGUGGAGCCUCGGUGCCCAUCCCGGUCCCCACCCAGGUGCACAACUACCAGCGCAUUGAGCAGAAUCUGCACUCUCCAGCUCUGCCUCAGACGCCCCGGUCCUCUGCCAUCCGCAGGUCGGGCAGCACCAGCCCCUUGGGUUUUACACGAGCUAGCCCAUCUCCUCCAUCCCACCCUGAUGGAGCUGUCCUGGCCAGGAAGCUGUCCCUGGGUGGAGGCCGGCCCUACAUGCCAUCUCCUCAAGUUGGAACCAUUCCUGAGCGGCCGGGCUGGAGCAAGGCACCCUCCCCACAGGGAGCUGAGAUGCGGGCUGGAAGGUCCCCGCGUCCAGGCUCCUCCGUGCCCGAACACUCCCCUCGGGCCCCAGGUCUUGGCUGCCGUCUGCACAGCGCCCCCAACCUGUCCGACUUGCACGUUGUUCGGCCCAAGCUCCCCAAGCCCCCUACGGACCCCCUGGGAGCAGCUUUCAGCCCACCACAGGCCAGCCCUCCCCAGCCAGUUCCUGUGCCACAGCCCUGCCGGUCCCUGCGUGGCUCGCCCAAGCUGCCUGACUUCCUGCAGCGCAACCCCCUGCCUCCCAUCCUGGGCUCUCCCACCAAGGCCCUGCCCUCCUUCGACUUCCCUAAGGCCCCCAGCUCUCAGAACCUGCUGGCUCUCCUGGCCCGGCAGGGCGUGGUGAUGACCCCCCCACGGAAUCGGACGCUGCCCGAUCUCUCAGAGGUGGGGCCCUUUCAGGGGCAGCAGCUGGGCUCUGGCCUUCGGCCUGCUGAGGACAACAAGGGCCCCUUUGGCCGGUCCUUCAGCACCAGCCGCCUCACCGACCUGCUGCUCAAGGCUGCGUUUGGGACCCAGGCCUCCGACUCUGGCAGCACAGACAGCCUGCAGGAGAAGCCCAUGGAGAUUGCACCCUCUGCUGGCUUCGGAGGGAACCUGCACCCAGGAGCCCGGGCUGGGGGAGCCAGCAGCCCCUCCCCAGUGGUCUUCACUGUGGGUUCUCCCCCCAGUGGGACCACACCGCCCCAGGGACCCCGCACCAGGAUGUUCUCAGUGGGCUCUGCUGGCUCCUCUGCCCGUCAUCUGCUGCCCGGGGCCUGCAGUGAGCCUGUCCCUGAGCUCCCUGCCCCAGGCCAUUGCUGCAGCUUUGCUGACCCCCUCUCUGUCAACCUGGACGGGGCUGUGACCUUUGAGGCCCCUGAUCUCCCAGAGGAGACGCUCAUGGAGCAGGAGCACACGGAGAUCCUGCACAGCCUGCGCUUCACACUUGCCUUCGUCCAGCUUGUCCUGGAAAUCGCUGCCCUCAAGGGCAGUGCCAGCGAGGGGGCCGGGGGCCCUGAGUGCCAGCUUCAGGAGAGCAUGGUGGCCGACCAGAUCAGCCUGCUGAGCCGCGAGUGGGGAUUCGCAGAGCAGCUGGUGCUGUACUUGAAGGUGGCUGAGCUCCUGUCCUCGGGCCUGCAGACCGCCAUUGACCAGAUCCGGGCCGGCAAGCUCUGCCUCUCAUCUACCGUGAAGCAGGUGGUCCGCAGGCUCAACGAGCUGUACAAGGCCAGCGUGGUGUCCUGUCAGGGCCUGAGCCUGAGACUGCAACGCUUCUUCCUGGACAAGCAGCGGCUGCUGGACGGCAUCCAUGGUGUCACCGCUGAGAGGCUCAUCCUUAGUCAUGCUGUGCAGAUGGUGCAGUCGGCCGCCCUGGAUGAGAUGUUCCAGCACCGGGAGGGCUGUGUGCCACGCUACCACAAGGCGUUGCUGCUGCUGGAGGGGCUACAGCGCAUGCUCACGGACCAGGCAGAUAUUGAGAGCGUGGCCAAGUGCAAGCUGUGCAUCGAGAGAAGGCUCUCGGCCUUGUUAACUGGCAUCUGCGCCUGACCCACUGCCUGGUGUGCUGUCCCGAGGGGCUGGACCCUCUCUGCGAACCCUGCAGGGUGGGGUCCACGUGCUGGCCAGACUGUCAGGACAGGCCUGCCAGCCGUGGCUGAUGGUGCUGAGUCUGUGCGCAGGCCCCUGGGAGGGCCACUAGGUGGAGCCAUGGAGUUCAAGCCCCACCAUGUGGUGUGUCUCCUGCUUCAGAGGCUACUGGUCUUUCCUGGAGGUGAACUGCAGGGUGCCAGGGACAGCUCCCUCCCUCUGCAGGAUUUCCAAAUUAGUUCCCUGUGGCUGCCUCCCUUGGCAGGUAGCAGGUGGUGUUUGUGGUACCUGCCACCCUCCAAAGCCCGGGGCAGCCCUGAGGACAGGCGGGGCCCUGAGACAGCAUUGCUGUGUCCAUGCCAAAGCAAGCUCUUCUUCAGGGCUCACUGCCCAGUCGCUUGCCCAGGAACAAGGGUGCGUCCUUGGGUCUCUGCCCUUCUCUAUAGGAACUGUCCCUCUGAGACCACCCACCCAGCUCUGUGGGCCACCUGUGCACUUUAUGCUGACCACCUGGAGAGCUGCGUGGACGGUACAGACUGCAAGAACCCUUUCCUGCUCAGCGGGGAGCAUGUGGACGCGCGUGGAUACCCGGGAGCUGUGGAUAUGCACAUAGGUGUAUACACACGAGGAGACCAGCCAGAGUGUGUGUGCAUGGCCUCCCCAGCCCUUGGUGUAGUCCUGGGAGGAACUGCUGCCCUGCAGGAGACGCUGUCCGUGGGCUGAAAGGCUCUUCGGGACAGUGUGAAGCACCAAGUUUCCCAAACGCAGAACAGAUGUCCUCUUUCACACUUUACUCCUAAAAUGUGUCUUAUUUUUCUGCAGUUCUUUCUUUUUCAUUGUUCAAAGGAGAGAAUUUAAGUGUUUGAGGAAUUGCUCUGGAAGGGUGGGUGGGCCUGAACACUGCUGUGGGUGCCACGUCGUGGGGGACAGGAGGUGCCUGACGGGUGCCCAGGGUAUGGCACGGCUCUCUUGCCGGACACCCACUGCAGUAUGGGUGUUUCUGGCUGGCUGCUUCCCACCGUCCUGCUGUUUGGCCACAGGAUAGGCAGUGUUCAGCUUCCAUCCCCACCUGAACAUGGUGGGCAGGGGAGGGUGGACCUUCUGUACAACAGGAAAAGUAACAUAUGCAGAACCUCCCUGGGGCUUCACAGCCGGUCCUGAUAUCAAGGCUUCUUGCCUGGUGGCUUCUGGGCUGGGCAGAGCCCUGUCUCCCAGGGCCCAGGGUGGGGUAUGCUCAGGGUGCCCUGCCUGGGCCUCCCUGGUCUGCCCACCCUGGCUUGGCUCAGCUUUGCCAGCCUUACUUGAAUGUAUCCCUGAGCAUCCACGGAGGCAGAUGUGGGUCAGUGGUGCCCACGGUAUAGGUUCAGAGGUCAUGUGCCACAUGCACAGAAACGUGUGGUUUUCCUUGCAAUACUUGAAAUGUCGCCACUGUGCUUGGAUGUAUGAGAAAACCCCCACCCCUGUCUCCCUCGUCGCCCCGGCUUCCCUUCUGCAUGUCCCGUGUUAGUAUUUAUUGCUUUAUGCCGACGGGAACCCAGAGCCGUGGCAGACUGGUGCCGUGCCCUGCCUGCUGGCCCCUCCUGGUGCCCACGGCUGUGGCUGCGUGUGCUGUGAGUGGAUGCUGCCCUCCACGAGGUGGUGCUCAGGCCUAUGUUUUGUUAGGGUGAAUGUGUGAGUCCUCCCCUCACCUGUGUUGUGUGCCUCGAGGGAAGUAAACUUUGGAAUUACC